AUGCCUCCCACUCCCACUUUGGACCCAUCCUUUUCUCGGGUUCCCUUUUUCACCUCGCGAUUUGUGCACUUUCGGCCGUACCAAUUCGCCAGACAAAUGACGUCUGAACCAGCCCUCAUGCUCCGCCUCGCCUCUCUUCUACUCUCCUCUGCUCUUCUCCCCCUUUCUUUACCUCAUCCUCUAACCACAACAAAAUUAUGGCCCAAUCUCUCUUCCCUUCACAACCUUCAAGCGGCUCAUUAUUCCCGUUCUGACCGAGCUACAAAACCGCGUCUGCCACAGCUUCACAUGAACAUAUGCACAUAA